AUGGAUUUCAACAAGCUUCAACUUGAAUGGGUUCAGUCAAACCAAAUUUUGAGUUUUUCAACUCUUCUUCUACUCGUUAUUUCAGUCUCGUCCACUUAUUCGACAGUCGGUUUACUCCAUUUAAUUGGUCCAGAUCUUCGUCAAUCGCUUACCGGACUUCUCAUACCAUCUGAAGCGAUCGUAUUGGAACUUAUAGUCGGUAAAGGUUAUUUCGGAAAUGUCUAUCGUGGUCUCAUGCGGGAUUCCACUGGACGUACACAACCAGUUGCCGUUAAGACUCUUAAAGGUGAUCGAUCACGAGAUAUUGCCCAUAUCGAGAAGUUUCUUCGAGAAGGUAUCAUAAUGAAGCAUUUCGACCACCCACAUGUGCUCUCCCUUAAAGGAAUUGCUUUUUCACCAUCUGGUACACCAUGGGUGGUACUACCGUUCAUGGACGGCGGUGACCUCAAAACCUAUAUCGGUGAUCCGAAUAGGGGUCUCUGUGUUUUGGAAUUGCUUGACUUCGCCUAUCAGGUCUCACAAGGAAUGGCCUACUUGGCUGCACAGCACUUUGUUCACCGGGAUCUUGCGGCAAGAAACUGCAUGAUCUCUGCUAAUCGGGUCGUUAAAGUUGCCGAUUUUGGCCUUGCUGUUGAUUUACUUGACAAGGAGUCGUACAUUGACGAAUCCGAAACUGGACCUGCUCGACUUCCUUUGAAAUGGCUUGCGCCGGAAAGUCUACGGGAUCGUCGAGUUUUUAGUGUUGCAACUGAUGUUUGGUCGUUCGGUGUGUUGAUGUGGGAGUUGAUGACACGUGCCGCUUCACCAUAUGGAGAUGUCUCGAAUGCUAAGGUGCGAUUGUAUUUGGAAAGCGGCUUACGUCUUCCACAACCGAUACGCUGCCCGGAUGUCGUCUACGACCUGAUGCAAUGCUGUUGGCGAUCACUUCCUGACGACCGGCCAGACUUUGUCUUUCUUGUGCAUCGAAUCAGAGCUCUACUACAAGAAAAUACACCCGAUCCAUAUUCACGAAGGCUACGAGUUGGAGCUGAGGUGUUUCUUUACCCAGUGCUGCCUGGUCGACAUUUCACCAAUUACUUCGCUAGUCAACUACAUCGAUGA